GGUUUUUGUAUUUUUACCGCUAAAAUGUUUGUGUGUAUUUUAUUGUCAAUUUUUUUUAUUUACUAGUGAACUCAGCCACCCCGGUUUGGCGGUACUCAUGUAUCAGGAAGUCAAAUCUCAGAAGCAGAACUGUAAUACUUUUGUAGUGUAACACUUAUUACUGUUUCUUGUGUUUCAAGUUUUGGAAUAGUCCAUUUACGAUUCAAGAAUUAAUUACUGUGUUUUCACCAAUGAUAUCAUUGUCACUUGAGUACUAAAUCGAAUGCUGAUCAAAUAACUGAAAUAACCACAUUUUUGUUGAAAAGAAAAAUAAGUUUUAAACAAUUUCGUUAUGGGUAUUACCGGUUUAGCGAAACUUAUAGCAGACUUUGCUCCAAAUGCCAUUAAAGAAAAUGAAAUUAAAAAUCAUUUUGGCCGGAAAAUUGCGAUUGACGCUUCUAUGAGUCUUUAUCAGUUUUUGAUCGCAGUCCGCAGUGAGGGAGCACAACUGACAAGCGCUGAUGGUGAAACUACUAGUCAUAUUAUGGGUACAUUCUAUCGUACAAUAAGACUUUUGGAAAAUGGUAUUAAACCAGUAUAUGUAUUUGAUGGUAAACCUCCUCAAAUGAAAUCAUCAGAAUUAGAAAAACGAGCUGAUAGGAGGCAAGAAGCACAAAAAUCAUUAGAAAAAGCAGAAGAAGCCGGUGAUGCUACUGGAAUUGACAAAUUCAGUAAACGAUUGGUAAAAGUAACAUCAACUCAUACGACUGAAUGCAAAGAAUUACUAAAACUAAUGGGAGUUCCUUUUGUAGAAGCUCCAUGUGAAGCUGAAGCCCAAUGUGCUGCUAUGGUAAAAGCUGGUAAAGUGUACGCCACUGCUACUGAGGAUAUGGACGCUUUGACAUUUGGUUCUCCUGUAUUAUUACGUCAUAUGACAUUCAGCGAAGCCAGAAAAAUGCCAAUUCAAGAGUUUCAAUUAGAUUCAGUAUUGGAAACAAUGGAAAUGUCUAGAGAUGAAUUCAUAGAUCUGUGUAUACUAUUAGGAUGUGAUUACUGUAACAGUAUUAAAGGGGUUGGACCAAAACGAGCUAUUGAGCUAAUGCGACAAUAUAGAUCAUUGGAAAACAUAAUUGAAAAUUUAGAUACCAAAAAAUAUCAAGUACCUGAAGAUUGGCCAUAUAAGGAAGCUCGAAGAUUAUUCAUUGAACCAGAAAUAACAGAUCCUGAAACUAUAGAUUUAAAAUGGAUGGAUCCAGAUGAAGAAGGCUUGGUAAAAUUUUUAUGUGGUAAUAGAGGAUUCAAUGAAGAUAGAGUAAGGAAUGGAGCUAAAAAGUUAAUCAAAGCACGAUCUGGUACAACUCAAGGCAGGUUGGAUUCAUUUUUUUCAUUUUCUUCAACACCAAAUAAGCGUAAAGCUGAGGAAGCAAAAGCAGCAGCAGAAGCCAGCAAGAAAGCAAAGAAGGGAAAUUACAGCAAACGGGGUAGAGCAAAAUAAAUUACUUGAAUUUCAUUAAUUUAUUAAUCUAUUUUUAGUUAAUUUUUUUAUAAUUGAAUAAUGCAUAAUUCAAUAUUUGAUUUAGACUAGAGAUUUAUAAAUUUUGCUAAUUUCUAUAAGGUCAACAUAUUUUUAGUUUAAAAUUACUCAAGUUUACUCUUAAUAUCUAACUUGUAAAAGGUUUUUUUUUGGCAAUAAAAUAUCUCUUUUUCUAUUGUA